AUGUAUAGUAUGCUUUGUAAAAAACGUUUUACUACCGAAAAUAUUCCCGAUUUGACUGGAAAAGUUGCUAUUGUCACGGGAGGCAACACUGGAAUUGGAUAUAUCAUAGCAAGAGAAUUAUCUCGUAAAAAUGCACAUGUAUUUAUUGCAACUCGCAAUAAAGAACGUGGCGAAGGUGCCGUAGAAAAAAUCAAAAAUGAGACUGGAAAUAAUCAAGUAGAAUUUUUACAUUUAGAUUUAAUUAGCCUUAAACUUGUAAAGCAAUCUGCUGAAAAUUUUCUUUCAAAAAAUUUACCUUUACACAUUCUUAUCAAUAACGCUGGAGUUAUGGCGACCCCAUGGUCAUUAACUGAAGAUGGGAUCCAGGAUCAAUUUGGAGUUAAUUACGUUGGACAUUUCCUUUUCACAAUGACUCUCCUCCCUAAAAUUGAAGCUUCGACACCUUCUCGAAUCGUUAACAUGGGCAGCGAAGCUCAUAGAUAUGCAUACACCGGAGUUGAAUUCGAUAAGAUUAAUCAAGAAGAUGCUCAAUCAGCUUUUCAACGUUACUGUGCAUCAAAAGUUGCCAUGAUCCUUUUUACAGAAUCAUUAUCGAAACGACUUGAAGGCAAAGAAGUUUAUGUUAAUUCAGCUCAUCCAGGGUUUGUUGCUACCGAAAUUUCAAGAGGACCAAUUAGUACUUAUGGAUUCAUUGCAGAUAUAUCAUUCAGAUUUGCUAAUAUGUUUUCUGACUAG